GCGUAAUAAUUAUGCCUUUUAGGUGUAUGCAAAUCAGAUGCAAACAUGGCAUACGUAAUCCUCAGUCAGAUUCCUAAAUUCACUACAUAAAAAGUUAUUCGCGACACUGGCCACAAGGGGGACGUUGACUUUAUGAGCAAUGAUUGCAACCAUAAAAAAUGGCUGGCAUAUUCUUGAACAUCGUUUCCACGUGUCACUCCCAUUCAUCAUCAAAGCAAAAUCUCAGGGGACUUUUGAAAUACACAUUCUACAAGCGUCGUGAAUGUUCUCCAGAUGGAGAGACGAGGGAGACCAUGAGACCGGAAACACUCUCAAAUUACCGAGAAAGCAGUGAACGGGAGAAAUCGAGUCGAGUUGACAAUUAAAUAUAUUCACUUCCACAACGCCCAACCCUCCAAUUAUCGCUCCGUUGUUGUGCCCCUUCUCCGGCUCCCCCUCAAGAUUUCGUUAAAUAAGUACGACUCAAUUAGUUGAGCAUAUGAAGUUACUCCGCCUAUAAAUUCCCACCGAUAAUUAAUAACGGAGAGGCUGGUUAAAUUGUAAGAAAAUGUGUAUGGCUUACAAGAAAGAUGAGUAAUACGUAUUUAUUUGUCACACUUGUUUGGAAGUGUUGAGCAACUUUUGUACAUAAUAAAUAAUAGAGUAAAGUUGAGAAAGAAGUUUGACCGGAUGUACGGUUGUAAUCCGCAAAUGAUAAAGAAUUUGUCUAAAACCCUAAACCCAGCAGCAGUAACAUUAUUGUAAGAUUUAUCUCAUAACAAAAUGUGCACUUUCUUGCAUACUGGUUGCACUUUGAUACUUGACAAAAUAUUAAAAUAUUGCAAAAACUUGCAAAAAGUUUGUCGUGUUGUUGCUUUAAUCGAUGCACUUCUGGGGCUCAUAAUUUUGGUGAUACUACUGAUCCGCAGGCUGAGGUCGGUCUCCGCCGAAUAUACAGAAUCAACCGUGCAUAAUUUGCUUGUUCUUGGAUUACAAGCAUUUGAAAUAGCGUCAGCUAUUGUUCUCUACGAAGGGGUCCGGAGGGACGUAGUUUGUAUGAUUAAGCUCUGGUUUCUCUACUGUGUGGCAAGAUUUGUGGUUUUGACCUCGACAAUCUAUCCAAAUCUUGUGUCCAGCUCGAGAUCAAAACUUCGGAUAUGGAUUUACGGAUUUGAGGUUGCUUUCACUACGUUUCACAUUGUUCAGUGUAUUUGUCUACUUACGUUGCGCCAUCAAUCCAAGUCGCCUGCUCUCCACGAUGAUAAUAUCAGCAAAAGAGCUGUUUCCCCUACUUUCAGUUUCGGUGCAGGAGAAAGUGUCAGUGAGGUUCCGCUUGAUAAUGUAUCAGAAGUAGUUGCUGCAGAAUGUAAGGGAAAGUUGGGCACCAUCUCAGAGAUUACGGUCUAAAUAAUUGUAUACUUAAAAAUAUAUAGCAAUGCGUAUGUGCGUGCAGUUAUAAGGUAUUUCGAAUAAUUUAUUAAUUUGUCACAAGACAUAUACGCAGUUAGUUUACAAUAAAAGUAAAUUAGAACAAAUUAGUGGGUCUCAUUAGCCCAUUAAGUAAA